AUGUCAAAUUCACGGUUUCACCCCUCCAUCGACAUUUGCCAGGACGCAGGUGCGAUCAGCGAGGUGGCGCGCCAAAAAAUUAUUGAUAUACUCAAUAAAAACAGCCAAAUCACCAUCGCUCUUUCAGGAGGCUCCACGCCCAAAAAGUUAUAUCAUGACCUCUGCGAGAACCUUCCGAUCAUCCGAGAGAAAGUAAUCUUUCUUCUCGGUGAUGAACGUCUUUAUCCAGUUGAGAAUGAGCAAACCAACUAUCAAAUGGCCUUUCGUGAGCUGUUGCACAAGUUGCCGUCAGAUCACCUGAUCCCUGUUGAUCCGACGGCGGCGAUUGCGACUUCCGAGUGCGAGGUGGAGGGAAUAGCCGGCGCCCUCGCUGUCGCCGAAGACUACGAAGCUAAAUUACAUAAGCGCAUUCCCCUCAUGAAGUGGGCUAAAGACGGCAGGGAGAUUAUGACUCCUGUUAUUGAUAUUGUUUUGCUAGGAUUCGGAUCGGAUGGGCAUACCGCCUCCAUAUUUCCAGAAUCAGUCGCGAGUAAGGAAACGGAGAGAACGGUGAGUGUGGCCUUCCCAAGCCCGUCGAUGAAGCCUAAGGUAUGGCGUGUGAGCAUCACACCGCAUGUCAUACAAAACGCCCGCCACGUCCUUGUGCUUGCGACAGGAAAGGAUAAAAGUUGGGUAAUAAAGGGUAUUUUGAAUGAUGAAUGCCCCUCAGGGGCCCCGGUUUCACGAUUUUUAAGGGAUUGCAAGGGGGACGUUUCAUUUGUGCUGGAUCGCGAGGCAGCGGCGGAUAUUCAACCAUGA